AUGGCUAGAAGUAUAUUGAAACAACAAUUGAAAAGUCAUCAAUUAUUGGAUGCCAUUGAUAAGGCAAAAUCAAAACCAACUAAGAAAAUUUCAGUAGUAGAACAACAACAACAACAACAACCACAAGAAGAAGAAAAAGAAGAAACUAUAGAAACUCCAGUGAUUACUAAAGUUAAAUCAAACAAGAAAUCAAAGAAAUCAAAUACUAAUAAAAAUGAUGAUUAUCAAAGUGAAGUUUUAUCUAAAAAGGAACAAAGAAGGUUGAAGAAAUUACAAUCUAAACAACAAGAGGAAGAAAAGGAAGAAGAGGAAGAAGAGGAAGCAGAAGAUAGCGAGGAAGAAGAAGAAGAAGAAGAAGAAGAAGAAUUGGAUUUGGAAAAGUUGGCAGCUAGUGAAAGUGAAAGUGAUAUCAAUGAUGAUGAAGAAGAGGAGGAAGAAGAAGAAGAAGAAGAAGAAGAAGAACUUAACGACGAACCAAAAGAUGAUAUUCCAUUAUCUGAUGUUGAAGUUGAUUCUGAUGCUGAUAUAGUUCCUCAUACCAAAUUAACCAUUAAUAAUAUGGCAGCAUUAAGAGAAUCUUUAGCUCGUAUUGAAUUACCUUGGUCAAAACAUUCAUUUAUUGAACAUCAAUCAAUAAUUAGUGAUAAUAAAAUUGAAUCAGAAAUUAAAGAUAUUUAUAAUGAUACUGAAAGAGAAUUAUUAUUUUAUAAACAAGGAUUAGAUGCAGUUAAACAAUCACGUAAAACAUUAUUAAAAUUAAAAAUUCCAUUUUCUCGUCCUAUGGAUUAUUUUGCUGAAAUGGUUAAAAGUGAUGAACAUAUGGAUAAAUUGAAAAAUAAAUUAUUAACUGAAGCUGCUAAUAAAAAAGCAUCUGAAGAAGCUAAAAGACAACGACAAUUGAAAAAAUUUGGUAAACAAGUUCAACAUGCUACUUUACAAGAAAGAGCUAAACAAAAGAAAGAAAUUUUAGAAAAAAUUAAAUCAUUGAAAAAGAAAAGAGGUGCUAAUGAAAUUAGUAAUGAUAAUGAUUAUGAUAAUGAUGAUGAUGAUUUUCAAAUUGCUUUAGAAGAAGCCACUGAAAAUAAUCGUACUGGUGGUGAUAAUAAAAGAAGAAAACCAAAUUCUAAAAGAUUAGCUAAAGAUGCAAAAUAUGGAUUUGGUGGUAAAAAAAGAGGUAAAAGAGAAAAUGAUGCUGCUUCAUCAGCUGAUAUUAGUGGAUUUUCAACAAGAAAAAUGAAAGGUAAAUCAUCUUCAAGACCAGGUAAAAGUAAACGUAAUAAAAAACAUUAA